CCAUGCUGCUGUCAAUCAUAAAGCAAUGCCACAGGAUAGAUUAGGCACCAUUUGCCACAACUAAAUAGUUACCUUGUACAUCAAGUAGGAAGAUUUUUUUAAUUGAAAGCCCACCGCGGUCGGCGGAGAGUUACUGUUCGUCUUCAUUUAGACCUUUCGUACGUUUUGAAUGCAACAAAGUGUGACGUUUGAAUCUCCCGUCUAAUCAAACAGAUGUGGAUUCACUGCUCGGGAGCUGCCCAGUUAAGGUGAAGGGGAGGGCAGAGGACCCCAGUUCCGCCAGACUGUGGAUGACCUGCAAGUGGAAACAGGACCAUGAUCUGAAGAGGGCACAGCACACCGAACCCCGUUCUUCCUCUCCUCCUUCUCCCUAUCUUUUUUUCUUUUUCAUUUAAAAAAAAAAAAAAAAUUUACGAGGUGACGGCCUCCCUGCCCGGCAGCUUCCAACAGUGUCUGCGUGCACGGAAAGGACAAACUGAAAGAGACCAGACAUUUUAAGGAGGAAGAAAAACAACCACAUCCAUCCGUGACCUCUGACCUUGCCACUCCCCCUUGCCCCUCCCACCACAACACCGGAAACAUGGGGAGGAAAAAGAUUCAGAUUCAGAGGAUCACCGACGAACGCAACAGACAGGUGACGUUCACCAAGCGGAAGUUCGGUCUGAUGAAGAAGGCGUACGAGCUGAGUGUCCUGUGUGACUGCGAGAUCGCCCUCAUCAUCUUCAACCACUCUAACAAGCUGUUCCAGUACGCCAGCACCGACAUGGACAAGGUCCUGCUCAAGUACACCGAGUACAACGAGCCGCACGAGAGCCGGACCAAUGCCGACAUCAUUGAGGCUCUGAACAAGAAAGAGCACCGGGACUCUGAGAGCCCAGACCCCGAGGAACCAUUCUCCCUCACCCCCCGCACUGAGGAGAAAUACAAAAAAAUUGACGAGGAGUUUGAUAAAAUGAUGCAGAACUAUAGGCUGUCAUCUACAGUCCCACAGCCAACCUUCUCCAUGCCAGUCACCGUGCCAGUAUCCAAUCAGAACGCGGCGGCGGCGGCAGCCCUCCAGUUCAGCAACAACCCUGGCGGCGCCCUGGUCACCACCACCUCCUUUGUCACCUCCACCCUCACAGACCCCCGCCUCCUGUCACCACAGCAACCAGCUCUGCAGAGGAACACCGUGUCGCCAGGGUUACCGCAGCGACCAGCCAGCGCAGGUGCUCUGUUAGGAGGAGAUCUGGGGAAUUCGAACGGAGGCUGCCCGAGUCCAGUCCCUAAUGGCUACAUCAGUGCCAGGGCCUCCCCGGGCCUCCUCUCCGUAUCCAACGGCAACAGCCUGGGGAAAGUAGUCCCGGCUAAGUCUCCGCCUCCGCCCAGCCCUCAGAUGGUCAACAGCCGCAAGCCGGACCUGAGGGUCAUCACCUCGCAGAGCGGCAAGAGCCUCAUGCAGCUGACAGAGGAAGAGCUGGAGUUGGUGAGUGAGAAUGCUCAGCGGCUAGGUGGCUCCCAGGUGGCGCAGUCGCUCACCACACCAGUGGUCUCCGUGGCAACACCCAGUCUCCUAGCGCCCUUCUCCGGCAUGCAAACGGCCUACAACACCGAGUACCAGCUGACGAGUGCAGAUCUCACAGCGCUCCAGACAUUCACACCACCAGGGCUGGUGCCUGGGAACAUGGCUGCCUGGCAACAGCAACCGACGGUCUCCCAUCAACAACAGCAGCAGCAGCAGCAGCAGCAACAGCAACAGUCACAGCAGCUGAGCUUGGCAUCGCUCAGUAACUUGGUCAUGUGGGGUGCAGAGAAACAGAAUGCAGAGAUGGUUAACUGCAUCUCCAAUUUUGCUGCUAACCUGAGCUUGGCCUCUCAAUCCAACUUGCUCUUUGGCAGGGAGGAGGGCCUCUGCUGGCCGAUGGGCCAGAUACCUCAGGGCGCCGCACUGACAGUCAACACAAACCCCAACAUCAACAUCAAGUCCGAACCUGUCUCACCAAACCGCGACCGCAGCACUCCCAGCUCCACCUGUGGCUCCGGGGGAGGUGGAGGAGGCCAGGGUCAAGUCCAGGGACAAGGUCUCGUAACGGUCGCCUACCCUGGUACCCUGCGCCUGGAAGUGGGAGGUCAGGGCCGCUCACCAGUCGACAGCCUCAGCAGCAACGGCAGCUCGUAUGAGGGCAGCGACCGGGACGACGGCAACCAGGGACGAGGCGGGGGUCAGGACUUCCACCACCAAGUCAGCGCUGGUGCCCAGCAGCCCACCAUGGUCCUCCUGCGGCCCUCUUCGGCCGAGCCCCAGGAGCAGGACGGGACCAACGUCAAGAGAAUGAGACUGGAUACCUGGGUCACAUGAAGAGAUGAUCUGAGAUGGAUGGACGGACAGAAGGAGGAUGUAGAUGGAGAUGUGUACUUGUGGCUUGUGUAGAUGCCCCCACCAGCCCCGAUGACCCCAAUCUCCUUCCCCAUGCAUAUACACACACACUUACAUAUAUACUGUAUGUAUGUGUGUGUGUGUGUGUGUGUGUGUGUGUGUGUGUGUAUAUACACACACACACCUGCCAUCGACCCAGUAAGCUACUGUCCACACAGGAAACGCUGACCUCACACAAGCAUGCUAACACACUCUCAUGUCGCACGUAUAGACACACACUUGUAUGUGCUCACACAUUUGAACUCUAAUGUACUUUCACUCUCACACACAGACAGAACCCCAAGGGGGUUGGGCCACCAAACCAGGGAUUAUUUGUCAAAACAACUACAAUGUUGGACUUUGUUCAGCUGUAUUUGAAUAGAAGUGAAUGAGUAUGUUUUUAAUCAGGCUACAGGGGCUAGUAAAACCCUAAAUUUGGCCGCUCGGACUAUUUCACCAGAUAUGUUGACAGCCACUGGCAGAGCAGACAUAUGUACCAGCUGUGGUUUCCCAGCAUGCCCUGCGUUGGGUUAGCGGCUGGUGGUAUUCUCCCACCCUCAUGUCCUUAUUGUCUGUUUUUCCAUAGUAGGUUUUGGUCAAACACAACUGCACUGCUUUAAGUCAGUGCCACCAAGUGAGUCCACAUCUUUGUACACGUCGGCCCGACCACACUUGUAUUGCUAUAUAGCUCUAGAUUCUUGUUUCUUGUCUUAGAGCCUGGGCCAUUUUGCUCUUUUUAAAGCGUGGAAUUUUGUCCUUCUGUCUUGACUAUUGAUCUUUAGAGUUUGGAUUCGUUUCAGUUUUGAAUAUGAGGACACUAAAAGAAAAACUCGCCUCCCUCCCCAGCCGGUGGCCGUGUCAACAGGCUGGCACUUUGGCCCUGUACAAGACUGACGACCCCGGGGUCUUUAUUUAAUCUGAACCAUGCAGACUAGCUGUAAAACGAGGAACAUGAUUUGUUACCGAGGUAAAAGACUGCUUUUCUUUGAAUCAGGGACGAGCUGCAACAGCUCAAUGACACAUGACGAAGAUUCUCCCAGUUCCGCCCACAUCUUGUCAACUACAGAUGCUGAGAAAGGCGUGUGUGUUUGUGUGUGUAUGUGUGUAUACGGGUUUGUUACCUCAACUGGUUGUUUUUUAACAAAGUGAUUUGGACAAAUGCUCAAUUUCAUCCUUGAACACACCUGCAGUGCACACAGGUGAAAUUAUUUUUGUGAAGCGACUCAUGUUUUGAAUAGAUACCUUGAUGUUCAAAGGGGAGAUUCGUGAGGUACCAUGUAUAUAAGCAAUCUGUAACCUUUGUGGCUUUUGUGUGACAGGGAUAUGGUGUUUUGAAGGUUCAAAAAAUAGAUCAUACAAGUAUAUAUUUAAACAGCUUCAGGCGAUAGCAAGGGCAGCUCUGCACCGGGGCAGGAGACUACAAUAGAUGACAGGGAUUGUAUAUAUUAACUAUAUAUUCGGCAGGAUAUCCCUUAACGAAACAGAAAAAAAGCAAACACAUUAAUUCUCAGUGGAUCGGUCUCUUUUUUUAAAAAUUAUUAUUUAUGCUUGUAUAUAAAGUGUAAUAUGUUGACUAGCCAAGAGAGGGUGCUGUAGAGGCAGAAAGGGAAGAUGUAGCCGUGGUGACUCGGACUGUUUGGACUGGAGUGAGCAAUGGUUAGGACUCUGUCACUGAUGGAGGGCACUUUACCUUAACCCCCACCCCUGACACCUUAACACAUCUGACCCAUGGACACAGAUACUGCACAUGCACACUAGGGUUAGACUGAUAUACCUGGCUGGUUAUAAGGCUUCUGUUAAAAAUCUGAUAUUCAGCAGAUACAAAUACAUUUGUGCACUAUUUAUUAAAUUCUUUAAAUUCUGUUUUGUUGUAGUUUAAUUUAAAUAAUGUAUUACUGUACAUGAACCGAUCAGAGCUCACCUUACAACUCUUUAUUGUGGCACAGUGGCUGCCUGCCAGAAAUUAAUUGAUCACAGAACAGAAACUGUAAACAUUAAAGCAUAAGAGAAACAAAGUAUAAUUUUUAUAUAUUUUUUAAUUUAUAUUCAAAAAUGAAUGAAUAAUGGUAAUAAUUGGCCUACAGUAUAAGCUACUAAAAACAUUUUAGAAGGAGUAUCGCUGAACAUUUAUCAUUCUGUGUGCAUUUUUAGUUUAGUGUCCGGUGAUGGUUUAAAUUACCCUCUAAAAGGUUUCUCCACCUUUAAAGUUUUUGCAGAUAUAAUCACUACUUAUUAAGUAUUUUUUUUGGCAUAUCCGUGUAUUGAGUAUUUACAGCGUCAGUACAAAAAUGCCAGUAUUAUCUGUCACAAACAUAUCAGUCAAACUCUAGAGCAAACAUACAGAUAGUAUACAGAUAAGUGAGCCAAGGAUGUCCCCUGUCCUCUUUUUUUGUUUUAUAGGUUUAACUUUUCCUCCUGUUAAAAGCCAUGUAUGUAUAUUUAAAGGAUCUCUCCUUUCGCCUGUCACUGGUUGGCUGUAGUUUUAUAUUGCGGAGAGGUAAAAAGACUUAUGAAGGUAGAAGGAAUGUGAAGGAUGUCAUUUUUGUAUUCUAUAAAAUUGGCGAGAGUGAUUUCGGGUUUAGUGGGUAGAUUUUAGAGACAUAGUGGUCAAGAGUGCAAAUUCAUGUAUUUAUUUUUUCCUAAAAGCACUCUCAGCCUCCGUCCAUUUGCUUGUUAAAAGCUUUGGAGGCAGAGUUUGAGUAUCGUUUGUCGUUAAGCCGGAGGUUUCAGAACGAGUCUUGAUCUUUUAAUGACUACCUCCCAAAUCCAGCGCAGACUUGUCAACUUUUUACCACAUUCAGCGACCACAUCCGUCUCAUGGGCAGGCCCUCCUCACCUCCAUCUCACCCCUGUCACUCACUCGCUCACUCAGUAUGUUUGUUUUGCUCUCUGAAAGCUUAAUCUCAAACCCCCCCAACCCCCACACACACACUUUCCAUUACACACUACUUUUCUGUUUACUCCGUCCAGACAGCGAGUGUCAGCACUGAAAUGACAAAUUAGUUUGGGGUCUUUUUCCAUGGGUAACACAACCCCCGCCCCCCCAACCCCCAGCCUCAUCACACACUACUCCCAUCAUCCUCCCCUCACUUCAUCUCCUUCUGUCACUCAUUCACACGCACUCAUCCGCUCUGUGACAAGUCUUGAGUGUCAAUAUUGCUUUUCUGAGCGUGUGGCAGAGUGAACAUAAAUCCCCUGAGUGUAAACACUUUGACUGUUAAGACUGUUGUACCCUGAGCUUCGAACAAAAAAAAACCCUGCGUAUAAGUCCGCAAGCCAUAGCUUUGUAAAAAUAAACAAAAUGGCAUCCUUUGCGUCGGGACUCGCAGGAGUUUUGUUAGUCACUGGUCGCAUGAAGCCCUGGCGUGUUCUUUAGAGCAACACUAGGGGUCGCUGAAAUCACAAAACAGAAAGACAAUCGUGCUGAGAAAUAAUUUUAAGAACCUGCAUCCCCCCGAUAAAAUGAUACUUGCUCCUGUAUAAUGAUGUUUAGAAGUCUCACUCACUUUCCAGUGUUAAUUUGUGCUGGUGACAGUCUGUUUUUAAUUGUUCUCUGAGAAUUGAUAUUAUUAUUAUUAUUAUCAUCAUUACGACAGCUUUCACUGACAGUAGCUGUUACGAUGAUAUAGAAAUCUGCGUUUAUUUGUGUAGUUUAGGCAUCUUGUUUUAUUUGGAAUUUGAUUUUAUUUUAUUAUAUAAAAAUAUUCUAUAAAUAUAUUUUUGUUUUCUCUUUUGGGGAUUUGUUUUCUUUUUUUUUUCUUCAAAAAGGGUAUUACUAAUGUUGCACGAUUUUUGAUGACAUGAAACAACCAACACAAGCGUAGUGAUAUUAGUACACAUGUGGCUGUGGACGGAGGCGCUGAACGAGUUGACUGCGACAAACCGCUUCAGUGCUGCAACUUUGAGUGUAAUGUACAAAACUCUCGGUCCACACAUGCUAACAUGGGUGGGGUGGGGUGGGGGGGAGGGCAGCGUGACACGUCUAACUUAUUUCUGACCAGACACAAUGAUGUCAAUGCAUGGGCGUUUAAAAACAAGCAAAGAGUGAAUCAUGUUAUAGGAAAUACAAAUGUAAUAUCAACACAAAUAUACAUCACACAGAAAUACAUUUAAGAAAAAAAAAUGAAAUUGAAGAAAAAAGUUUUAAAUAAAUUAUAGCUAAUAUAUUGUGUUCGGCUAGUCUGCUUUUUUGUUGUAAAGAUAAUUUUUUUGUUGUUUUUGGAGAAUGAUAUACAAUUUGUGUAUAUUUUCAUAAAAAAAGUAUGCACUGAUAUGUUAUUACAAAUUCUAUACUGCUUUUACAAAAAAAGUGUUUGUUAUUGUACCAAAGUAUCCAUUGGUCCCCUCUUACCCGCCUUCCCUUUUUGCGUAUGUUUUACCGUAUUUUAUAUAUUAAAUAGACAAGUUGACCUACAGAAA